UGCGUUUCGCUUGCCAGAGCUCCCACGGAUGCACGGGCACUCUGGGGGGAAUUCCCAGCUGGCUGGUGAGCAGCGGCUGCUGCGGGCAGCGCUCCCGGCGCCCCCGCUCGCCCCGCGCCCCCACGCCGUGCGCUCCCCCGCGUCCCCCGCUCCCCUCCCCGUUAAUGGUUAACCCGCCCGGCUGGGCCGAUGGGGCCGGCGGCGGUGGCGCCAUCGCCGCCCCGCCGCACCGGGCAGAGCCUCAAUCGCGGGUCCGCUCCGGCUCUUCGGCUUCUCCGCGGGUGCGCGGCGGGUCCUCCGCGGCCGGGGCUGCGCUGCGCUGAGGGGACUCGGCGGCUGCCGGCAGCUCCGCGUUGCCCGUCGGGGCUCGGAGCCGCCAUGGCCCCGCGGGUGCUGGCGCUGAUGCUGGCGCUGGUGCUGGCGGGGGCGGCGGCGGAGCUGGCGGAGGAGCUGGUGGGGGCGCUGCGGGAUGCCGAGGAGGAGACAACUGCCGUCGGGGCCGCCCCGUCGGGACCCGCCACCUUCCACCGCGCCGCCAAGGUGUCGUGGCGGCUGCCUGGGCGCUACGUGGUGGUGCUGCACGCAGGCAGCAGCGAGGCCAAGGUGCGAGGGACGGCAUGGCGGCUGCAGGCCCGGGCGGCUUGGCGGGGGUACCUGAGCGAGGUCCUGCAUGUCUUCCACCUGCUGCCUGCCUUCCUAGUGAAGAUGAGCAGGGACAUCCUGGACAUGGCGCUGAAGCUGCCGCACGUGGAGUACAUCGAGGAGGAUGCCUACAUCUUUGCCCAGAGCGUCCCUUGGAACCUGGGCAGGAUCAUGCCGCUGCAGCCCUUGGGUGCCUACAGCCCGCCCAAUAAAGGUGAGUUGGUGGAGAUUUACCUGCUGGACACCAGCGUACAGAGCACCCAUCGGGAGAUCGAGGGCAAGGUGCUUGUGACUGACUUUGAGAAUGUCCCCGAGGAGGACAGCACCCGCUUCCACAGGCAGGCCAACAAGUGUGACAGCCACGGGACCCACGUGGCUGGGGUGCUGAGCGGGCGUGAUGCUGGUGUGGCCACGGGUGCCAACAUCCACAGCCUCCGCGUGCUGAACUGCCAGGGAAAAGGCACCAUCAGUGGGACCCUCAUCGGCCUGGAGUUUGUCAUGGCGAGGCUGGAGGCUCAGCCUUACGGACCACUGGUGGUGCUGCUGCCCUUCGCUGGUGCCUACAGCCGUGUGCUGAACGCUGGCUGUCGGCGGGUGGCGCAAAUGGGGGUGGUGAUGGUCGCGGCUGCUGGUAACUACAAGGAUGAUGCCUGCCUCUACUCACCGGCGUCUGAAUCGGAGGUCAUCACAGUUGGUGCCACCAACAGCGAGGACCAGCCCGCUUCCAUCGGCACCCUGGGCACCAACUUUGGCCGCUGUGUGGACCUCUUCGCCCCGGGGGACGACAUCAUCGGCGCCUCCAGCGACUGCAGCACGUGCUUCACGGCACAGAGCGGGACGUCACAGGCAGCCGCGCAUGUGGCAGGCAUCGCCGCCAUGCUGCUCAGCGCCGAGCCCCAGCUGAGCCUCGCCAAGCUCCGGCAGCGCCUCCUGCACUUCGCCACCAAGAAUGUCAUGGACAUGGCUUGGUUCCCUGAGGAGCAGCAGCUCCAGACACCCAACAGUGUGGCCAGGCUGCCCGCCCGGCUGGGUGCAGACGAGCAGCUGUACUGCCGUUCAGUGUGGUCAGCACGCUCGGGGCUCACCCGGCAUGCCACAGCCGUGGCUCGCUGUGCCGGCGCCGAGGAGAUGCUCAGUUGCUCCAGCUUCUCCCGCAGUGGCCAGUGGCUGGGGGAACACAUGGAGGACAAGGAUGGGCAGAAGCAGUGUGUGGCCCACAGCGCUUUCCGGGGCCAGGGUGUCUACGCCAUCGCCAGGUGCUGCACGUGGCCCAGGGCUCAGUGCCGGAUCAGCACCAGCUCUGUGGUGGCUGAGGGGGUCGGCUGCUCCUCGUGGGACCAUGUGCUGACCGGGUGCAGUUUCCACUCCCCCACCACAGUGCUGGGUGACGGUGGCAGACCCGUCCCGGGGCCAGGGAGUGGGCCCAGCCACUGUGCUGUCAGGACAGAGGUGAUGGCACAUGCCUUGUGCUGCCCUGCUGCCAAUCUUGAGUGCCAGGUGAAGGAGCACAUGUCCCCGCGCGCUGUGGAGAAGGUGACAGUGGCCUGUGAUGACGGCUGGACACUGACGGGCUGUAACGCCCAUUCCCAGAGCCCCGGCACCAUGGGAGCCUAUGCUGUGGACAACACCUGCAUGGCAGCCGGUGUCCCGGGCAGCAGCAGGGCCACAGCCAUUGCCAUUUGCUGCCGGAGCCGGCCCUAGGGACAGGCUGAGCUGGAGCCACAGCAGCCCUGGCCCAGCGUGGUAGGGAGGGGAGCCUGGCUGGAUUGCUGUGUCACCAGCUCGGUGCCUUCCCGGGGCUGAGCAUGCUCCUAGCAUGGUCCACACUCCGACACGCUCCACGCUUGGGCUACUGCUGUGGUUGGUACAAGCUCCUCACCCUCUUGCAUGCCAUGGAGCCAAACCCCAGGGUGGCUCUGCAAGAGCUUCCCAAAGUCCUGCCCCAUCACUGGAGCCAUCCCAGCAUCCUUUCCCCACCACACACCGGGCCUUUCUAUAGACACCCUGACUGUACAAACCGUCUCAAGGCUCUUUGUUCUUGUUGUCACUCAGCACACGACAAAACCACUACCUUGAAAAAAAAAUGCAACAAAGCCAAUUGCAGUGAGGGUUAUUCCUUUCUUUUCUGGUAGUUGCUCGUUAGAUGUCAGCUAAUGUUCCUUAGCACCUCCCAUUUUUGACCAGUUUUAUACUUGCUUACUCAUGUACCUAGGAGAUUACUUUUUAGUCAAGUGUAAGGGCUCUAGUUUAAACAGUCUGCUUGUUUAAUUAGAUUUUAAUCUGCAUUGCUACAGAGUCAGCUACUGCUUUGUUAGUAUUUUUUUGUUGUCGUCAAGUGAAAGCUAAUGAUCUGCUGGUGGUAUACAUUUCUUUAACAGGGCUUCCCGAGACACAUAGAACUAACUGGCUGUAAUUCCUUUUGAAAUGAAAAGAAAAAAAAAAAAAAGAAGAAAAAGCUUUCAUAGUAUCUUGGUUUUUACAUUUGUACCUUAAAUAUUUAUUUGAAAGUUUAUAAAUAAACAUUUUAUAAACGUCUUUUUAAAAUAAAAAAUUCAUAACCAGUGCGUAGCAGAUA